UUCUUGAGUUGAUUUUAUUACCAUUGUGAUGAUAUAAAUAGAAUGUCCCCCUUGUUAUAUUGCUAGUAAAUCCUGGAAAUGGAUCUCAUUACUUCCCCCAUACCUUCUGUGUUACUCAGAACUCCUUGUACUAAACAUUUAAAUGCAGAUCUUUUUUCUCUUCUUUGUUUUCUAGACAUGGCAUUAUUCCCAUUGUUGUUGUUCCUGGCUGCUGUAUUGCCCCCAUCCAUUCUUCGAGAACACUAUGAGAAUAUGAAGUUUGAGGAUUUGACAACCACUAGAGUGUCAGUCCAAGAAGAGAUUGUAAACAAGCACAACCAACUGAGAAGAAUGGUUUCCCCACCUGGUAGUGACUUACUAAAGAUGGUGAGGGCUCACAACAGGACAGUGAAUUUGGAGAGCUAUGUUUGGAGCUUUGGUAAUUUUUUAAGAAGGCAAUACAUCCCCUACACAAUAGGACAACCAUGUGCUCUUUGUCCUGAUCACUGUGAAGAUGGACUCUGCACAAAUAGUUGUGAAUAUGAAGAUAAGUUUUCUAACUGUGCAGAAUUGAAGGCUUCACUAACCUGUGACUAUCCAAUGGUUAAACAAGAGUGCAAAGCUACAUGCAACUGUGAAGGCAAAAUUCAUUAAAUUUCCAGUACAAAUGAACAGGGCCAUGUGAAGAAAGAGCAUCUCCUCUACUUAGGCUAGUCAUAUUCCACUAGCAAAUUUGAGGUAUAGAUACAUUGAAAUGAUUCCAAACAGUAAAUAUUCCUUUCUUCUCUAUUGUUCUAUUUAGUAGAAAUAUUUUACAUCCAAAGAUUUUGAAAUAACAUAAUCAAUAAUACCUUUGUACCUUGACCUCUGAAUUCUGUGACACAUUUAUGGAUUUGAGUCAAGCCCAAGGUUAUACUGUUUGUCUGUAUGACUAAGGUUUCUGAAACUCCUUCCUGAAAAUAAGAAUCAGGUUCCCAGAGCACAACAGAGUGAAGGAACAGCCUAUACUUGAACUGUUACUGUCAGUCAUCUUUCCUAGCUCUACCUAGCUAUUAUAUCUGAACACAAAUCCCCAUUAGCUUUCUUUUAUUUCUUCCCACCAUUUGCUCUUCUUCACAUGCGCUUGAAUCAGUGGUUCAAAUUCUAAACUUCAAUUUACAUUUUAGUUUUUGAGUUUUUCAAGCACCUUAUAAAAAUGAAAU